AUGUUUGCUACCUUGGGCCUGUUCAAGGAGGUCCCUUGUCCGGAGGGCUCCCAAUGUUCUCUCAUGACAUGCAUGUUCUCUCACGAGAGCGUCAACCCUCCCUUUGAUGAACCCUCCGCGGCGGACGAUUCACAACCCAUGCAGAUUGAUGACACAACGGCGGAGGCUCCAGCGCGGAAGAAACCCAAGCUAGAUGCGAGCGUUACCAAGAGCAGUGGUUUUUCGCAAAAAGAUCAGUCAAGACCUUCACCGAAGGAGAGGCCGUCACCGGCCCCGAAAAGUCAAUCUAGCGUACCGAGAGAUUCACCAGCGGUGGCUAUGUCGACACAAGCGACAGCGGCCCCGUCACAAUCACGUCUCCCGCCGAGACGAGCUCCUAAAGAAAGUCUAAACCCCCGAAUGAUUCCCAAAACGCCAGCCACGCACGGCGUGCGGCUGUCUAUCUUGACCAAGCUACAUGGCGCGAUGACUGCCCUGAACAACAAGGUGGCCAAAGACAAAGACAGCACCGAGAAAUACCUGAUUCUGACCCCCAAUGAACUGGUUACUAUGGCACUGGAUGAAGAAGAGAAGUUUGCGCGAGAGAACGCAAGCAUAUACGGAAAUGUCAUCAAGCUCCGGAUUGUGAAGCUCUCCAAAAUGAGCACGGAGGACUGGGUCAAAGAAGUCAAGGCUCAUUUAAAUGAUAGAUAUUACAAGCUUGCGCCGGCGACACCAGAGGCGAAUCCUAAAGCUUUCACGACUGGCAUGACCGUCAACGAGGAGAUCGCGCUUGCGAGCCAGCUGAUCACGCCUCUAAACGGCCUAGAAAACCACGGUUACGUGACAAGGGCACCCACGCAGGAGGAAGUCGAGGGUGCCAAGAAGGGCGUCAUCGAAUCCAAGGGCUGGGAGAAAUGCGAUCGGUGCGGUGGCCGGUUUCAGGUGUUUCCCGGUCGUCGCGAGGACGGCUCACUCACCACCGGGGGCAAAUGCACCUACCACCCAGGGAAGCCUCUUUAUCCCACAAGGAAACAGACCGACCACAUCACCGGCCAUCGAGAAGCGUACUACAGCUGCUGCAACGAGACACUGGGGACCUCCUCCGGUUGCACCAAAGGCAACUCGCACGUCUUCAAAGUCUCAGAGACAAAACGCCUCGCAUCAAUCCUCCAAUUCGCCGAGACCCCAGCACAGCCAGACAAGGGCCCACAGUCGCCCGUGUGCUUCGACUGCGAAAUGGGAUACACAACCCUAGGUCUCGAGCUCAUCCGCCUAACAGCCGUCAGCUGGCCCGAAGGAAAACCCCUCCUCGACGUCUUGGUACGGCCCAUAGGGGAGGUCUUAGACCUCAACUCGCGCUUCUCUGGCGUCUUCCCCGAGCACUACACCAAAGCAAUACCAUACGGGAGCACCCCACCGUCACAGGAAGAGUCCGCCCCACUACAAGUCGUCGAGUCGCCCGCAGCCGCGCGCUCCCUCCUCUUCUCGCUCCUCCAGCCCGACACGCCGCUCAUCGGCCACGCAAUCGACAACGACCUCAACGCCAGCCGCAUCAUCCACCCGACCAUCAUCGACACGGUCCUCCUAUACCCGCAUCCGCGAGGUCUACCCCUCCGCACAAGCCUGAAGAUCCUCAGCAAGAGGUAUCUCGAUCGGGAUAUCCAAACCGGUGGAAACAGGGGCCACGAUUCCAGGGAGGAUGCAGUCGCCACGGGCGAUCUAGUGAGAGUUAAGGCUGCAGAGACUUGGAAGACUCUCCGGGCGAAGGGAUGGCGGAUUGAGGGUGUCCGCCUCGUUCCGCCUCCUGGUGUGACGGCCUCUGGACCUGUUCGUGGUCUGGGGCCUGGGGCUGGACAUAAGCGCGGGAGUGGUGGUUGA